GGCCCCUAGAAUUUCACUGCUCCUGAGACUCUGUGUGAUCUUCAGUAAGAUGAAGAUGCCAGAUGCCCAUGAAAAUGUUCCUGUAGAAGAGAUGGACAGCAGCCUUGGCCUUAGCCUCAGCGUUGAUGGCCCCUCAAACAUAGACAGCAGGGAAUUGGGGAUAUCCAAGGACCCUCUGCUCUUCAUCCAGCUGAAUGAGCUGCUGGGCUGGCCCCAGGCAUUAGAGUGGAGAGAGACAGGCAGGUGGAUGCUGUUCGAGGAGAAGCUGGAGGUAGGAGCGGGCCGGUGGAGUGCUCCCCAUGUGCCCACCCUGACACUGCCCAGCCUCCAGAAGCUCCGCAGCCUGCUAGCCAAGGGCCUUGUACUGCUGGACUGUCCAGCUCAGAGCCUCCUGGAGCUCGUGGAACAGGUGAUCCAGGCGGAAUCAUUGAGCCCAGAGCUGAGAGGACAGCUGCAGGCCUUAUUGUUGCAGAGGCCCCAACAUCACAUCCAGACCAGAGGCAUUUGUUGGGGAUCUGCCCAUCCAAAAAAGGCUUCCCAUGAUGAAAAUAUUCCCCUGAAGGAACAGGGUCAAAACUCCCUGAGACAGAAGCUGCCUCCAGGGGCCGAGGCAGCAGCUGUGCUGGCCGGAGAACUGGGCUUCCUAGCACAGCCUGUGGGGGCCUUUGUGCGACUGCGGGACCCUGUGGUGCUGGGGCCACUUACUGAGGUGCCCAUCCCCAGCAGGUUUUUCUGCCUCCUCCUGGGGCCCCCCGCACCCAGAAGGGGCUACCAUGAAAUGGGUCGGGCAGCAGCUGUACUACUCAGUGACCCGCAAUUCCAGUGGUCAGUUCGCCGAGCCAGGAACCUUCAUGACCUUCUGGCAGCCCUGGAUACUUUCCUAGAAGGGGUGACUGUGCUCCCCCCAGGUCGGUGGGACUCAACAGCCCGGAUCCCCCCACCCAAAUGCCUGCCCUCUCAGCACAAAAGGCUCCCCUCGCAAAUGCAGGAGGUCGAGGGCCUCUCCCGCGCGCGCAGAGCCCGCACAGAGGACAGGGACAGCCAUGAGCCACACAAGCCUACCCUGGAGUUGCAGCGGACCGGCCGGCUGUUUGGGGGCCUUGUCCAGGACGUGCGACGGAAGGCUCCGUGGUACCCAAGCGAUUUCUUGGACGCCCUGCAUCCCCAGUGUUUCUCAGCGGUGCUCUACAUUUACCUGGCCACUGUCACUAAUGCCAUCACUUUCGGGGGUCUGCUAGGAGAUGCCACUGAGGGUGCCCAGGGAGUGCUGGAAAGUUUCCUGGGCACAGCGGUGGCUGGAGCUGCCUUCUGCUUAAUGGCAGGCCAGCCCCUCACCAUCCUCAGCAGCACAGGACCAGUACUGGUCUUUGAGCGCUUGCUCUUCUCUUUCAGCAGAGAUUACAGCCUGGACUACCUGCCCUUCCGCCUGUGGGUAGGCAUCUGGGUGGCCACCUUUUGCCUGGUGCUGGUGGCCACAGAGGCCAGUGUGUUGGUGCGCUACUUCACCCGUUUCACCGAGGAAGGUUUCUGUGCCCUCAUCAGCCUCAUCUUCAUCUAUGAUGCCCUGGGCAAAAUGCUGAACCUGACCAGAGCCUAUCCCAUCCUAAGGCCGGGGUCUCCUGCUUAUGGCUGCUUCUGUCAAUACCCAGUCCCAGGAGGAAAUGAGUCUCAAUGGACAAGGACAAAGCCAAAAGACAAAAAUGACCUCUUAACCAUGGACCUUGGCCUGGUCAAUGCAUCCUUGCUGUCUCCACCUGAAUGUACCCGGCAGGGAGGCUACCCUCGUGGCCCUGGUUGUCAUACCGUCCCAGACAUCGCCUUCUUCUCCCUUCUCCUCUUUCUUACCUCCUUCCUCUUUGCCAUGGCCCUCAAGCAUGUAAGGACCAGCCGCUUCUUCCCCUCCGUGGUACGCAAGGUGCUCAGUGACUUCUCCUCAGUCCUGGCCAUCUUGCUGGGCUGCAGCCUUGAUGCCUUCCUGGGCCUAGCCACACCAAAGCUCUUGGUGCCCAGAGAGUUCAAGCCCACACUCCCUGGGCGUGGCUGGCUUGUGUCGCCUUUUGGAACCAACCCCUGGUGGUUGACUGUGGCAGCCACCCUGCCUGCCCUGCUGCUGUCUAUCCUCAUCUUCAUGGACCAGCAGAUCACAGCAGUCAUCCUCAAUCGCAAGGAAUAUAGACUCCGGAAGGGAGCUGGCUUCCACCUGGACCUCUUCUGUGUGGCUGUGCUGAUGCUGCUCACAUCAGUGCUUGGGUUGCCCUGGUAUGUCUCAGCCACUGUCAUCUCCCUGGCCCACAUGGAUAGUCUUCGCAGAGAGAGCAGAGACUGUGCCCCUGGGGAGGCCCCCAGCUUCCUGGGCAUCAGGGAACAGAGGCUGACGGGCCUGGUGGUGUUCAUCCUUACAGGCAUGUCCAUCUUUCUGGCACCUGUGCUCAAGUUCAUCCCAAUGCCUGUGCUCUAUGGCAUCUUUCUGUACAUGGGGGUGACAGCACUUAGCAGCAUUCAGUUUAUGAAGAGAGUUCAGCUCUUGUUGAUGCCAGCAAAACACCAGCCAGACCUGCUGCUCUUGCGCCAUGUACCUCUGAGCAGAGUCCACCUCUUCACAGCUAUCCAGCUUGCCUGCCUAGGUCUGCUUUGGAUAAUUAAGUCUACUCCUGCAGCCAUCAUCUUCCCCCUCAUGUUGCUAGGCCUGGUUGGAGUCCGAAAGGCACUGGAAUGGGUCUUCUCACCACAGGAACUCCUCUGGCUGGAUGAACUCAUGCCAGAGGAGGAAAGGAACAUUCCUGAGAAGGGGCUAGAACCAGAGCACCCAUUCAGUGGAAGUGACAGUGAAGAUUCGGAGCUGAUGUAUCAGCCAAAGGUCCCAGAAAUCAACAUCUCUGUGAAUUAGCUGGAGUAAGAGUAUGGGAGUGAAGAUCCCAGGAAGCCAAGCAUAAGACAGGGUCUUGCUAAGUUGCUGAGACUGGCCUCCAACUUGCCAUCUCCUGCCUGCUUCCUGAGUCACUGGGAUUACAGGCCAUGAGCCACUAUGGCCAGCUUGAAGCACUUUUUUAUACAAAUAAAAAUAAUCUUUCUUAUUGUUUUGUUGACCACAAAAGUAAAUGAAGCAACUGGAAAAAUCUCAAAACAUUACAGAAAUGGGUAAUUUUGAAAUGGAAAUCAUUCAAGAAAUAACCAUUGUUCACAUUUUGGUGUCUGUUGUUCAGAUUUAUUUCAAUGGAUACGUUACUAUUUUUUCUUAAAAAUAGUAUACUAUAAAGUUCUGUACCAUAUGUUUCACUUAA